CUUAAAUUCCUUGUGCCUCUGCGGAAAUGUUGCUUUCGUAAUCGCAGUCUCUGCCACCGUAAUGUUGUUUCUUGGUUCAAAAGGCAAUAGAAUAUACAGUUCAUCAGUGCAAGCUCUUCGCUACUUGAAACACGGUCCUGUUUGUUUGGUUUUUUUGUGUUUGUUUUCUCCAAACAAGUAUACCUCAUCCAGGGAUCCAUUCCAGACAUGGAAAUGGCAAGCAGCGCCUGAACGAUUUCGUUGCAGGACGUGAUAGAUCCAUCUGCAAUGCCACGACAACACCGACAGCACGGCAUGACGAGGACAUGCGCAGUGAGAUUUCGUACCGUGGUAAUGUUGCAUAUAGAGUGCUGUUCACAUUGACAACGGACAUUACACAUGCAGAUGCGUGAAAUAAACUCACAAACAAAAUAGGGUUCAUUAUUUUACUUGGUGUAGAAUCGCGAGUGUAUUGACUGAUGGGCUUACCCAUAGUUUGUCACGAGCGGUAACCGUUCCGUUGUUUGUUACAGCCCAUGGGUUGGACAGGAAUCGUGAUCGACUCGGGCCAAUUUACUGCCCAAGGGACCUGGGCAUUUCUGCUUGAUGUUACUGUCUUGUAUUUGAUCACUGGUGAUGAAUAGUAUUCACAUAAGUUUUUGAGUUGAAAUUUAAAGGUUAUCAUCGCUGUAAAACCAAAGGGAAAACUUCAGGCUGAUUGUCAAGGAACAGGACUUAACCUGCUGUGACACACCACGCCAUUUAACUUCGGCCGCAGUCCUUUGCAAUGAUGUGCACCGCUGAUUUGAUGGGGACCACGUGACCUGGGUUGUUAAGGACUGAGUUGACUGGUGUGGAGGCAGACUGCUCAAGCUAAUAGACGUAGAUUGGUUGAUGCAUGAACAGGAUGGAUGUGUGGUCACCAGUUACAUGUAGGCUUCGAUUUCUACUUCUCACUGUACUGGAAUUGUCUUUGUUGCAGUCUGUCAUUACAGUUCUACACGGUGGUGAAGGGAAUGGAUACGCCCUUCCACGUCCCUUCUCGGGCUGCACAGAACACUGGGUUGAUUUCCGUGUGCUUAUUCGAUACUCCAACAUCACUGGAGAGACAGACAUCUCGAAGGAGUUUAAGAUUGGCUUAGACACCGUGGACGAUAACACGAUUUUGUUCGAGUUCUGCGUUCAAAACAACACGCUGGUGCAAGGUACCAUGGACGAUCCUGUGAUAGAGUGGCCAGCGGGACAGUACUGCAUACAAAGUGUGGGGCAAUUCGUGAGAAAUAACGGCAGAUAUGAGUGGGUGUUGGGAGAUUGUCCGCAGGGAUUCAAGUCGGGGGUGACUGCAUUACCCUUCACUACUUAUCCAGGCCAACGCAUGUCGGCUUCUACCUCGCCUCUGUCACUUACUUAUCGCAACCGAACCCUCAUCCAUUACUGCUGCUCCACAAAUGGUGACGUCAACACACCAAUCGAUCUGGGAAUGGCGGCGCCCUUUUUCCUCCUGCCCUAUGGAGAGCCGCGCUGUCAAAAAGUACACAACAUGGAUUCGGAGUUACAGUACAUUGAGUGGCCAGCGGCUGUGCAGCAAUGGACCGGAGUCCAUCCGUACUCGGUCAGAGGAAGAAAAUUCUUUUACUGCUACUAUACACCUUUGGGGCUUGGGAUGGAACACGAUAUAAUCCGUGCCACUUUUGCUGUUUCUCUUGGCACACCAACAGUAACUGUGAUUAUUAUAUGUUUGUGUAAACUACGCGCUAAGCUAAUGGCACGGAGGAGGAAUUUUAAAAGGUUCCAGUCUGUCAUGUGACAUGGAUGUCACAUGACCACGAUCUGGUUUCAGAAUUUUGUUCUUGAGGGCGCACUAACACCCCAGUGGCAUUCUGAGCAUCGUUUUGUGUUGCCCAAUAUUAUCAUUGGAUGAAGUCAUCUACCAGCGACCAGGAGCUGAGAUGAGAUCACCGAGUCCCGAACCACAGAUUCCUGACCUCAGUUCUUAAAAGCUCGCGAACGACGAUGCCUUGUAGCAUCGAAUCAUUGAAGGGAAUGUUUACAACAGAUCCACUUUUCGUGGACUCUGAAUGUUAUUAAAGCGCUUUUCAAACAGUGACAGUUUGAAGUUGCAUAUUCUUCAACUUUCUUGACGCUCUUUCUCAGAAGGGAACUCUCGCACACUUGUUAUAAUAUAAUACUUGUCAGGAAUUUAAGGUACAAAGUCCAAAUCCUUGUUGUCCGAACAAAAACAAAUGAAAUAGCUUACUAGUGAUCUUUUUUUCCUUUUGGGGAUGGGUUGCGAAUAAAUUAAACAUCUGAUUUUCAUGUUUGAGUUUUACAUUUAGUUGACCAAUUUUAUAGAAACUGUAUACGGAAAGCAAAGAAAUUUGAUGAUCUUAAAAGAUUUUAUUUCCAUUUAUAAAGAAAACAAAUAUUUUGAACUACUAGUUGAAAGUAAUUUCAUCUCAUAGAUAUUACAGCUUCUUUGUUAAUCAAACCAAUCGCACUUUUUGAUAAAUGUAAAAUUGGGUAAAAGGUGUAUAUUUAAAAUGGUUUUAGCAUACUGUAACCUAUGUCGUUUUUUAAUUACCUAUACAAUACAGAUAAGAAGAGCACUGUAAAUACAAGGUCACGUUUAUAACAAGGAUAGUUUUAGGUCCUAAGUCUUUUGUUUUUCUUUGUUUUCCAUGACUUAUGAUACAAGGUAACUAUUAUAACAAGGUAAUUCGUAAAGUCCGAAGGACCUUGUUAUAACAGUGUUUCACUGUACAUAUUAAAUUUAAUCUGCAACCUCAAAAUUUUAGGUACAGAUGUACGUUAAUGUUUAUAUAAUUCAUGAAAACAUAAUCUGUAAAUGAUACAGUUUAUAUUAUGUUGGAUAUCAUAUAGGAAUAUCCAACAGCGAUAGUUGCCUUCAGUGUGGAUAAAAUUAAAACUAAAAACGUU